AUGCCUGCUGCAAGGACGAGGGACAGGCGCGCAGACGAUGGCCAGCUCACUUGGGCUCCCGUUCUCGAGCCCAAGCCACCCACCACCAUCGCCUUCGCCACCAACAUCACCCCGGGCACCUUCAACGAUCCACCCAGUCCCUCGCUCGAAGAGCCCGCCGAGUCCCUCCUCUUCCCCCCCUCCGACACCCCGUCUACCCCCAAGAAGGCGGCCCACAGCAAAAAGAAGGCACCGGAUCACAUCCCCCGUCCUCCCAACGCCUUCAUCCUCUUUCGCUCCUCGUUUAUCAAGUCGCAGCACGUCCGCUCGGAGGUCGAGACCAACCACUCCACCUUAUCCAAGAUCAUCGGCAUCACCUGGCAGAAUCUCCCUGCCGACGAGCGUCGCAUUUGGCAGGCCAAGGCGAGGGCCGCUCUCGACGAGCACAAGCGCAAAUGGCCCAGCUACGCCUUCCGUCCCUUGCACCCGAAGCACAAGGGCCGCGAGCCGGACUCCCCCUCUGCCGACGGCCGAAAGCCGACCGCGCCCAAGGAGAAGCGGAAGGUGAAGGAGAUCGGACAGAAAGACCUCACCCGAUGUGCGAAGAUCGCCGAGCUGCUCGUCGAGGGCAAGAAGGGCGAGGAGUUGAAUGCGGCUAUGGCCGAGUUCGACAAGCAUCAUGUACCGCCCACUAUCGUUCCGCGGUUCGAGGAGCCCCUCACGGUCCGCGCGUAUCGACGGUCUUCGUCUGCCCCCAUUCCAGAGACUGAGCACGUCCGCAAAUCGCAGUCGUUCCGUCCUUCGACGCCUGCUCGAUCGUCGGCUCGCAAGCGGUCGUCUAGUAGCGAGCCGGAACCCGCCAACCCUCGCGAUGAUCAACACGAGAUCGAUCCUUCGAUGCCACCCUUGGUUGACAAUCCACACCCUUGGUGUUACGACGUGCCCCAGUUCUCCCUUCCUUGGGCACCAUCGCAGGGGAUGCAGCUAUGUGAAUUCGCCGCAGAUCCACAUCCGUCUUUCUCUUUUGAGCAUUAUACAGUCAACCAGUCUCUAUCGACGUCAUCGUCACCUGCAGGACCCUCGUAUGCGUCAAUGCCCCCUUGCGAUCCGUUGGCUCCACUCACACCCGAGGUCCACGGAUCUAUGAACAUGCAUCGCGCACGGCCAGGCGACGACUCGUCGGAUUAUGGCCAAGGAAGCACGACAUUGUAUACCCCGAGACCGCUUGCCAUCAACACGUCGUUCCUCGAUUAUCGCGAUUACCGACAUCCCUCACCUUAUUCCAGCACACCGGGUAGUCCUGGGGCUUUCAGUCCUGGCACACCGUUAUCCUACGACGCUCCCGGGACACCCAGCUCAUUCGUACUGUCCCCUCCUGCGUCGGGUGCCAUGCUGACCGGUUUCCUGGGUUGCGAUACCUUGCAGACGACGCCUGUGGACGGCGCAUUCGAUCACAAUGCGCUGCGGAAUCCCUGCCCAUCGGUGUCCGGAGAUUCUGUGAUCGGUGGGGACGAUCCCUCGCCUUCCUCUCCCGACCCUUCAGAGUCGGAGUACGGGCACAUGUUCGGCGUUUUCGAGCUCCGGACGUCCUCUCAUUACCCUCCCGCUAAGGUUGACUUCUCGCGAUACGAUCUAGAUCCCCAGCUGCAGGCCAUUCUUGAUGGCAAACCGUCGACACUGGCUCACCUUGAUUCGGCCCUCAGCAGCUUCAUAUCCGGCGCUUCUUCGCUUCCUCUAUAAUCCGGUCCGCGUCGACGACGCUACCUACCACCUUCCGUUCGCGCUGCCUUCAUCACCCCCAACACCGCUCACACCAUCUUGGAUACACGAUCUUUCGUCACCUUCCUUUACCCUCGUCCAACACCCCAUCUCUUACCGAGCUGUAUUUUUAAGCUGUCAUCGCUGUGCUGUCGUUGUCGUGUAAGCUUGUAUUACUACCCACCACGCCCCGGCCCGCAGGAUCCCCUUCGUCACCGCGGGCUGCCACUCAGAUUUAUUAUAUCUAUUGCCACACACCUCUGUUCCGGCUCGCCCAAUUGUUUAUU